UUCGAAACACCUACUGGUACAACAAACAGUGUAGUUGGCUAUUGGCUGACACAGCUGUGAGAGACUACAUAUAUUAGUAUGUGAAUGUCCUAUGUCAGCCACACACAGAAUAUUUUUGUAGCACAUGUGACACAGUCACUUUGUCUCUGAUGGACAAAUGAUUGCUUUGUUCAUUUCAUUCAGGUCCAAUGGAUCAAUGAAUAGGUUGUGGGAUUCUACGCUAAGGAGAAUGGGGCACAAUUAUAGCAUCCAUCAAAGCACUACUGCUGCAGCUACUGUUGUUAGUGCUGCUGUUACUGCUGCUGUUGCUGCUGCUGCUGCUGCCACUACCACUGCUGCUGCUGCUGCCGAGCAUUGAUUGCCUGCACAAAACUAGACCACUACUCAUAUUUCAGAAUUUCACUGAGAUUAGGUGGUUUUUUUUCAUGCACAAAUAGUAAUUAUUCAACUCCCCCUCCCCAACCCCUGAUUUCUAAGAGGAUUUACUAUCAAUGGCCCAACCAAAAAUGCCUCUACGGACAGCUAUGUUAUCCGUGCCAGGUAACGAGUCCUUGAGUGCCCGAAGAAGACAUUCCUGGAUUUGUUUUGAUGUGGAAAAUGGUCAGGCACCAGGCCGUAGUCCCUUGGAAAUGAGUCCUUCAUCAGGAUUAAUAUUACAAAAUUUACCUCAGCGACGAGAAUCAUUUCUUUAUAGAUCCGAUAGUGACUAUGAACUGUCUCCAAAAUCAAAUUCAAGAAACUCCUCUAUAGCCAGUGAAUUGCAUCACACAGGAGAGGCAAGACAACAUUUGGGAGAUCAAAGACAUUCAGAGGAUUUGAUUGUUACCCCAUUUGCCCAGAUUCUGGCCAGUUUACGCAGCGUUCGGAAUAAUUACCUCAACUUAACCAAUGUGAACUUACCAAAAGAGAGAACUAGAAGAGGUUCUUCAACUGGUCCCCACAGUUCACAAAGAGAACAUUACCAACAAUCUCAGGCUCAGAAUUCUCAGACUUCAACAAAUAAAGAUGAGUCAUACUACAAAAUGGCUUUGGAGACACUUGAGGAACUUGACUGGUGUUUGGACCAACUCGAAACCAUUCAGACACAUCGAUCAGUUAGUGAUAUGGCAUCAAGCAAAUUCAAACGGAUGCUAAACAGGGAGCUUAGUCAUUUUGCAGAGUCAAGUAAAUCAGGGAAUCAAAUAGCAGAGUACAUAUGCAGUACAUAUCUUGAUAAACAACAGGAAUUAGAUGUGCCAACACUAAAGGUAGAAGACACAGAUAGACCAGGAAACAAAGAUAUAUUUCAAAAGGACAAGAACCGACCAAUGUGUCAGAUUUCUGGAGUACGGAAACUGAAGCAUACUAACAGCUUCACUGGUGUUGUUCCAAAACAUGGAGUGGAGACGCCUCACAGAGAAGAACUUGGGAAGCAUUUGGCAGAUAUUGACAAGUGGGGAAUCGACGUGUUUAAGAUUUCAGAAUAUUCUAACAAUCGACCUUUGACUUGUGUUACAUAUACUAUAUUACAGGAGAGAAAUCUGCUGAAAACCUUCCAAAUUCCUGCCCAAACAGUUGUAACCUACUUGAUGCAUCUAGAAGACCAUUACCACCGUGAUGUUCCUUACCAUAAUGCUAUGCAUGCAGCUGACGUUACACAAUCAACUCAUGUUUUACUGUCAGUAUCGGCUUUGGAGAAUGUAUUCACUGAUCUUGAAGUGUUGGCGGCAAUAUUUGCCUGUACUAUUCAUGAUGUUGACCAUCCGGGUGUGACAAAUCAAUAUUUAGUCAAUACAAGUUCUGAACUUGCCCUAAUGUAUAAUGAUGAGUCAGUUUUAGAGAAUCACCAUCUAGCUGUGGCAUUUAAACUUCUGCAAGAAGAAAACUGUGAUAUUUUUGCAAAUCUUUCAAGAAAACAACAUCAGUCAUUACGGAAGAUGGUUAUAGAUAUGGUAUUGGCCACAGAUAUGUCUAAACAUAUGAGUUUAUUAGCUGACUUAAAGACAAUGGUGGAAACUAAGAAAGUUGCUGGAUCUGGUGUUCUACUGCUGGAUAACUAUACUGACAGAAUUCAGGUAUUACAAAACAUGGUGCAUUGUUCUGAUUUGAGUAAUCCUACAAAACCUCUUGAAGUUUACCGAAAAUGGGUUGAUCGGAUUAUGGAAGAGUUUUUCAUUCAAGGAGAUAUGGAACGUGAAAAAGGAUUAGAUAUCAGUCCAAUGUGUGACCGACAUAAUGCAACAAUUGAAAAAUCUCAGGUCGGUUUUAUUGACUACAUCGUUCAUCCAUUAUGGGAGACUUGGGCUGAUUUAGUUUAUCCAAGUGCACAAGAUAUUUUAGAUACCUUAGAAGACAACAGAGACUGGUAUCAAAGUAUGAAUCCAAUUAGUCCAUCAGCUAGCUUUUGCAAUCAUUCGAAGGAAGGAAGCAAAGACUCAGAAGAAAGCCGGUUUCAGUUUGAUGCGGCUACUGAUGAAGAAAAUAGUGCGCACAGUCAGGAUUCUAAUACGGUAACAGUAAGGUUUGACACAUCGAGUCUCAGUGAAGAAACUGUUGAUCAGCUUGACAAUGAAGGCGACGAGCUGCUUUAUCCGUGAAAACUUAUGACGUAAUAAUUUUGAACUUAUUAGAACACUAACAUGAUGUUCAUUACUGUUACACACAGUAGUGCUGAACACUAAUCUGACUGUUCACUGCUGUCACACACAAUCAGUAGUGUUGAACACUAACAUGGCUCUGUUCACAAAAAUCAGAAUGCUAACAUAGAUUUGUUCACUGCUAAAUAAUUAGAAAAAAACUUCUUUCUGUGGCAAAUUUAUCACACUGGAAAAUUUUGAUUUUCUUAUCUAUUUGGAAGUGUUGAUUUGUACUAAAGAUGCUGAUAAUGUUAAACAGAAUUAACAAAAUCUCUCAUUUGAUUUUCUCUCUCUCUUGUUUAUCUCCAGAUUAUCCCCAAUUCUAGAAUAUUCUCGCUACAUCUUCAGCUACAUUAUGUGAGAUGUUCCUAUUUCAGUCUUCCCCUUCCUAAACAACACAAAUUUCAAAAUAUCUGUGAUUUCUUGUUUUUCUUAGUACUUAGCUUAAUGGUAUAUUAACAGGCUCAUCUUUUAUUCUUUUUGUUUCCUUUCUAAGUAAAUACUUUGGAAUAGGGACCAAACUCCAACAACCAGUAUCAUUAUAAAAAUGUUAAAUACUCAAAUUUUAAAUGUUAAAAAAAAAGGAAACUUUAUUUAAUUAACCAAUGUAUGUAUUACUUUAUUGCAAUUCAAAAUUUCUAGUAACACUUUCAAGCUUAUGCUUUUUCAUGGUUGUGCUUGGAAAUGUUAAAAACAUUUUUAAAAAAACAAACCCAACAUGUUGUAACAUAUUUGUCUCACAAUGGUUUUGAUAUAAAAAAAUAUACAUUCUAAUGCAGACUGAAGUAAAGAAUCAAAAUCCUUUGUGAACAGGAUACUAAAGAUAAGGCUUAAAAUUGAGAUUUUACAGGAAGAGGUGUAGUUUUCAGUUUAUUCUGUAAAUAUAAUUAUUGUAAAUGCAUUUUGAAAAUACACCCAUAAUUUUCUUCCUGAACCUCUUUUAAAUUGUGUCUAGAUUCAUUUUAAUUUGCAUACUUUGUUGUUUAGAAUGAUUUUCAAAUGUAUUUAUCAACAUUGUUAAAACAUAUUAUUUGUAGUAAAGAUUUCUCCUACAAGGUUAAUCAAAAUGUUAAAGAUAUAUAUGUGUGUGUGUGUGUGUGCGUGUGUGUGUGUGUACACAUUUGCAUGUGUGUGAAUGUGUGUAUUUAUGAUUUUAUAUGUAAAAAUGUUAGUGCUCCUCAAUACGCACUUGCUAAAAGCCUGACUACUAAAAUACAAAUAUGCACACAGACACACAUAUAUAUAGGUGAGUGUGUAUAAAUACACACACACACACACACAUGUAUAUCGCACACAU